ACUCAUUUUUCUCUCGUACCAAACAGAAAUGAUCUCUUUUCCGUCACUUUCAAGAGAAAAAUUGUUGUCGAGCAACAAAAUCCGCCACAUUGUGAGGCUCCACCACAUGCUGAAGCGGUGGCGGAAGAAAGCCUCAACAGCUGCCAGGCGGACACCGUCUGAUGUGCCAUCUGGACACUUGGCAGACGUGCCAUCCGGACACUUGACGGUCUGCGUGGGCGCCAGUAGCAGAAGAUUCGUGGUGCGCACGACGUACCUGAACCACCCAGCCUUCGGAAAGCUAUUGGACCAAGCCCAAGAAGAGUACGGGUACGCCAAUUCAGGACCAUUGGCCAUUCCCUGCGACGAAGUCCUCUUUGAAGAACUCUUGGGGUACUUGGGCAGGACAGAAUCUGGUAAAUCAGCCCGAUUCACGAACCUUGAGGAUUUCCAAAAGUGCCGUAUUGACGCCCGGUCCAAUUUGGAGUUCUGGCCCGAAUCUCGACCGCUUCUUAAUGAGCUCCCCGAUAAGCCUGUUUGGUAAAGAGUGGAUGGUUUACUAACCAAUUCCAAUAAAGUGGCGAGUUUGCGGUCAUUUGACUCGGCCGAUUGACCCGAGUUAGGGGUACAUAAAUUCAUGGGAGGGAGUUUUACUAACCAAUUCCAAUAAAGGUGAGUUGGUGGGGUUUUCUUUUUAAAAUUUUCUUUUUGUACUUGUUUCGUCUAUACUAAAUAAGGAGGUAAUUAAUUGGGGAUUUUAUUGGGUAUUACUAUAACUGUAAUAUUUAAUACUAAGUAGUUAAUAUCGAGUACGGAGCUGAGUCUCGUCAUAUUAAAAGCGAUGGCCAAUGGGUGAGCGAGUUGACUGUCGAGUCAUCCCGGAUUUGAAUCGGAUUGGAGAGAGAGAGUGUGUGUCUUGUAAUUUGCAGCUGGAUAGCAAGCGAACACGAGAUUAUUUGAUGGAUCA